CGAAAAGCGGGAAACUCAAAACCAAAUAGGGUUAAAUCUUCCCCACGCAUACACAUCAAUUCGUGUCUCUAUCCCCUUUCUACUUGGAUAGUAUUUAUACAACACAUUCAGAAUCUAAUCCACAAAUAUCUUCUUCCAACUAUAGCAGUAUGGAAGAGGUUAGGUCAACCUCCGCCUGGGUUGCCGCUCACUCCUCCCAUGUCCUCAUCGACUCCUCAGGUAUUGAGAAAGUGGCGGAGGAAAUGAAAGAUUCAAUCCCGAAGGUGGAGUGGAAUUUCGAGGGGAUUCAUUAUUUUGAUAAUACCCCUCUCACUGUUCAGUAUCUGCUUGUCCUGGAUGCUCUAAAUUUCUGCUUUUGGCCGGAUAAUGAAAUGAGUUAUGAUCAUCUGGCUGCGGGAUUGAAGGAAGCACUUGAGAAUGAUAAGUCUGCUUUUGAUGCUGACCGUCUGCAGAAGUACACUGGUCCUGAUUUACGUAAAAUGUUGAAAUGGCCAAGGCCGUUACCUUUGGAGGAUGAACGAGUGCGCUUAAUUCAUGAGGUGGGGUUUGAACUGGAGAGAUCUUUUGACGGGAAAGCAUCCAAACUCAUUGAGUCCAGUGAGAAAUCUGCUGCAAAACUUGUGGCUCUUAUCACGAGCCACUUUCCUGGUUUCAGGGAUCACACAGUGUACAAAGGCCACCAAAUUUUCUUGUAUAAAAGAGCUCAGAUAUUUGCUGCAGAUUUAUGGGGUGCAUUCAAAGGUCAAGGGUAUGGUGAAUUUAACGACAUAGAAUCAGUGACUAUGUUUGCAGACUAUAUCAUCCCUGCAGUCCUUCAGAAGCUUGGAGUACUGAAAUUUAGUCCUUCACUCACGAAUAUGAUUGAGUCUAAUAAGGAAAUCGGUUCAGGAAGUGAGGAGGAAGUUGAACUUAGGGCGUGCACUGUGCAUGCUGUGGAGGAAAUAAGGGAGUUGAUCCACAAGAAAUCAAGAAAGCAGGUCGAGUUUUAUUUGCCUCUGUUUUAUGUUGAAAUUGUUUUUCUGUUACUCCAGGGUUCUGAGUGUGGAGUUGGACCUGUGGCUCUGGGCUUUCGGUAUUCAGUGUUCUUCCCUUCAACACCAUCGAACACUCUCCAUAUAUUAUUGAGCGGCAAAAGAAUGGUUCUGAAGUUGACAUUUGCGAGUAGUGUAGGUUCUUUCCUUAACAUUAUUCAACAGCCUAACAGUAAUUCUCUUUAG